AUGCAGAUCACUGCUUUCGUCACCUCUUUCCUCUGCCUGGCCGCAGCCCAAUUCGCUGCCGCAGACCCCACCACGACCUCAUACACUACCACGACCAUCACGAAGACUCUUAUUCGAGCUCACUCGGUCACUGCUGCUCCCAGCUCCAGCUCUAGCGUCGUCUUUACCCCGAGCUCUAGCAUGGCUACCGUGACUUCUACGCCUCUUGUCGCCUCUUCUACCAAGGUCAAGACCUCCGUAACCGCAUCCUCAUCCAACUCUGCUGUCGCCUCUGCCACCAGCACUGGCGGCGCAGUUAACCUGGGUGCAGGUAUCCCCGCUGCUAUGGUUGCUGGAUCCUUUGCGCUGAUUAUGGGCGUGGCCCUGUAA